AUGCCGUCCCGCGCCCAAGUGCAGGAGCUGGCCAAGGACGUCCUGAGGAUCAAAACUGCGAAGUCCAACAAUGCCGUGCUGGACCCAACAACCCACGGCGAGUCCAUCUUGUCCACUGACACGCUCUUCGUCGAGGAGGAACCGACCCUGAGAGAGUGGUUCGGCAGCCUUAUGCCGUCACGCGAAGAGCUAUUAGGCUAUCCGCGUCAGCUUUUUCCCUUCACACAGUGGAUUGACCGGUAUAACCUGAAAUGGCUGUACGGUGACCUUAUCGCCGGUAUUACCGUGGGUGCCGUUGUAGUGCCGCAGGGCAUGGCAUAUGCCAUCCUGGCGGAUCUCCCGCCCCAAUUCGGCCUUUACUCUUCUUUCAUGGGUGUCUUGCUCUACUGGUUCUUUGCUACAUCGAAAGACAUCACUAUUGGGCCGGUGGCCGUCAUGUCGCAGAUCACGGGAAACAUCCUCAUCGAGAUGGCUAAGACGCAUCCAGAUAUUCCCGGCCACGUCAUUGCGUCGGCGCUCGCGCUCAUCUCCGGCUGCAUCAUCUUCUUUAUCGGUUUCAUUCGCUGUGGCUGGAUAGUCGAUUUCAUCUCGUUAACGUCUAUUUGCGUCUACAUGACGGGCUCAUCACUGAACAUUAUAGUCGGCCAGGUCCCAACCCUGAUGGGCAUCACAGGCUUCUCCACUCGGGACGCGACGUAUCUCGUGUUCAUCCAUAUCCUUCAGCACCUCGGCCGUUCGACGCUCGAUGCGGCCAUGGGUCUGACCGCUUUGGUCCUCCUCUACGGUAUCAGAUAUGCUAUGAAUAUCUGCAGCCACAGGCUUCCCAGUCGACAGAAGCUCUUCUUCUUCCUAUCAACUCUCCGGGUCGUCUUCGUCAUCCUCCUCUACACUAUGAUCAGUUGGUUGGUGAACAGGCACCACCGGACAAACCCCAAGUUCAAGAUUCUCGGAACGGUGCCACGCGGAUUCCAAAAUGCCGCGGUUCCGCAUAUCGACACUACCAUCAUUAAAGCUUUCGCUAGCAACCUGCCCGCAACAGUCAUCGUUCUGGUCAUCGAGCACAUUUCCAUCUCAAAGUCGUUCGGUCGGGUCAACAACUAUACGAUCAACCCCUCCCAGGAGUUGAUUGCCAUUGGCUUCGCGAACAUCAUCGGUCCUUUCCUCGGGGCUUACCCUGCUACGGGUUCAUUUUCUCGCACUGCCAUCAAGUCCAAGGCCGGUGUGCGGACCCCUUUCGCCGGUGUUAUCACUGCAGUCAUUGUCUUGCUCGCCAUCUAUGCCCUUCCCGCUGUCUUCUUUUAUAUCCCGAGCGCUACUCUCUCGGCUGUCAUCAUCCAUGCUGUGGGUGACUUGAUCACGCCACCGAAUACUGUCUACCAGUUCUGGCGUGUGUCACCCUUCGAGGUGGUAAUCUUCUUCAUUGGCGUUAUCGUCAUUGUGUUUUCCACCAUCGAGGACGGGAUAUACACCUCUAUCUGUAUUUCGGCAGCGUUGCUUCUCUUCAGAGUUGUCAAAUCCAAGGGUCACUUUCUUGGGAGGGUUAAGGUGCACUCUAUCAUUGAUGACCAGAUCAUCGGUGAUACUUCAGCCAGCGCUGAAACUACAAAUCUCUAUAAAGGAGCGAACAGCGACACUGGGAUCGGUCGCAACGUCUUCCUUCCGCUCGACCACAACGAUGGAUCCAACCCGGAGAUUGAGUUGCAGACCCCGUACCCGGGUAUUUUCAUCUACAGGUUCUCUGAGGGAUUCAGUUUUCCGAAUGCGAACAGGUAUCUCGACGACUUGACGGCCCAUAUUCUGAUGGCUACACGUCUUACUAGCCCGAAUCAAUAUCCCCGACCUGGAGAUCGCCCAUGGAACGACCCCGGCCCGCGUAGGGGCAAAUCAGUUGAUACGGAGGACAAUCGUCCCACGCUUCAGGCCAUCAUCCUCGACUUCAGCGCCGUGAACAAUAUUGAUAUCACUUCGAUGCAAGCACUGAUCGAUGUGCGCAACCAGCUAGACCGCCAUACAUACCCUAACAAGGUGCACUGGCACUUCGCCCACAUCAACAACCGUUGGACCAAGCGUGCCCUUGUUAGUGUCGGCUUCGGCCAUCCGACGCCUGGCAGCCGGCUGGCUCAGCAGUGGAAGUCCAUCUACAGCGUGGCAGAUAUCGGAGGGGCCAACCCUGCCACUGUCGCCGCAAAAGCCAUUGAGUUCGAUGAUAAUACGAAAGAUGACGAGAUUGUGGAGUCUGGUGGCGCCCCCACCUCCGCCAUCACGGGCGAGUCCAAGCAGCACAUCACACCGACUUACAAUGUUUCUCAAUUAGAGCAGCCGCGCCUUCGCAUGGCAGCAGUGCACGGUAUCAACCGGCCGUUCUUCCACAUUGAUCUGACCAGCGCACUUCAAAGCGCCGUUGCGAACGCCGAGUUCCAUCGGGAUCUAGAAGACAAAGGCGAACCCCAUGGAGAUGUUUAG